AGAAUGAUCGAUUGGAUGAAAUGGAGAUUGUCGAAGAACAUGACUCGACUCGACUUGUCAAUUCCCUUACCUGGAGUAAAAAGAUUCGCGGAGAAAGGUGGAGUGCAGAGGAGACUGCAUUAUUCUUCGACGCUGUCAGAAUGUUCGGAUCGGAUUUUGAAAUGAUCACUCAACUAUUUCCUGGUCGAAAUCGUAAACAAAUCAGAUUGAAAUGGAUAAAAGAAGAAAAGAAAGCACCCCAGAUUAUGACCGAUAUGAUGAUGGGAAGACAGCCACCUUCUAGAGCGAGUGUCACACCUAGUGUACCUGAAGAAGAAAUUGAAGAAGAUACUGAAAUCAUUAGACUUGAAUCUUUAAAUACAUUUGAAGAAUAUGCUAAAUGGGUUGGGAUUGAUUGUACUGGACCGAUUCCUGAAGAUCCAAUGGAUAAAUGGAGAGAAAAAGAAAGAUUAGAAGAUCUUGAGAUGAGAAAAGCUAAUGAGGUUGGAAGUAAGAAGGGUGAUGAUGGGGAUGAGGAUGAUGAGGAUGAGGAAGUGAUUGAAGAGGAAGUUGAUACAAGUCAUUGGGGACAGUGAAUAAAGCUUUUUGUUUUGCAAGACUACUCAAGUUGAUUUAUUUGUAUUACCAGUGUCAUAUCAUCCACUUUUUUUAUGAUGAAUGUGUUUUGUUGUAUUAUUGUUUCAGAUCUUUCUCUGGAGAUGAUUCUUCGUGAAAUACAUGUUUAAGAAUAUUUGCAUAUC